AUGUCAAUGCCCAGGUCUUCGCUAUUCUCGGGAGAGCGACCGACACUUCCUCCACUCAAUACGCUAAACCCCUCUGUGCCGCGCAGAGGCUCGACCCCGCGUUAUAAUUACAAUCUAUACGACCCAUCCUCAUCUACGAAUAAUAUGACACACUCACGACGGGCCUCUACGUUCUCGUCCACGUCCUCACGCACGCCAUCACCGACCCCCUCCGACCCCUCCGACCCCUCUACGUCGCAGAUCAAACUGCCCACAAUCCCUUCACACCCUUCCCUUGUCGUCGCAUCACCCUCCACGCCUUCACGCCGUGUCCGACCCACCGUCCAUCCGGGAAAAUUCAGACUUGUGCCUUGCACAUUAGACGUCGCUGAAGCGGUCGUCUUAGUACCACCGCCCGACGCACCUACACUACCCUCGAAUAAGCCCGGCCAAGCACUCUUGCUUGUCGGCCCCGCACUCAAUCACCUACGUCACCCUCAGCGACGAAUCGCCAAGGGCGCACGUAUACAUCCUUAUCGCUUCCUCAGAAACGGAGAGAGAAGCUCGAAGCCCCAACCUACGCUGCCAACAUCUGUUUGA